UUUAGCCUUUUGCCCACAAACCCUAAUUGGGGCCACAAUGUUACAGCUCCUCACAAUUAAUUCUCUCUCACCACUCUACUACUCUCACUCAUAUUGACCAUUCUCAUUUCUCUCUUUCUCUAUUAUUAUUAUUAUGUAAUCUUCAGGACUUCACAGUAAUGGGUGUUCCUUAGGUAGGGGAGAGAAAGAAUCAAGAACCCUUUUCUUUCAUCUCCAGCUCUUUUUCACUUUUAUAUAAACAAUACCCAAUACUGACUUUGAUCUGCCAGUGGUCUUAGUACUCGUUUCAGAGAGAUAGAUGGGUCAUCACUCCUGCUGCAACAAACAGAAAGUUAAGAGAGGACUGUGGUCACCUGAAGAAGAUGAGAAACUCAUCAACUACAUUUCAACCUAUGGUCAUGGUUGCUGGAGCUCAAUUCCUAAACAUGCUGGGUUACAGAGAUGUGGAAAGAGCUGCAGAUUAAGAUGGAUAAAUUAUCUUCGACCUGACCUAAAACGUGGAAGCUUCUCUCCCCAAGAAGCAGCUCUCAUUGUCGAACUCCAUAGUAUUUUGGGCAACAGAUGGGCACAGAUAGCUAAGCAUCUACCAGGAAGAACAGAUAAUGAAGUGAAGAACUUCUGGAAUUCAAGCAUAAAGAAGAAGCUCAUCUGUCAUGAUGUUCCUGGUUUAGCCAGCUUCACUGAUGUUCAUAACCCUAAUGGUGGUUCUGAGGAAGCUUUCUUCUCUCUCACUGGAAACCCUAAUCUCAUCCUCAGUACUGCUCAACAAGACCAGAUUUACCUUCCUUCCCCAGCUUCAAUGCUGCAAAAUUUUGGUCAAGGAGAUUUCAAAUUCAACCAACCCAAUAAUUACAAUCUUGAUUUAGCUCAUUUCACAUCCUCAAUAGUCCCACCACCACUAAAUAAUAGUACAACUUCCUUUGAUCCAAUGUGGGCAUUGCCCUAUUUAACUCACCACCUUGACCCAAAUCAUCAAGAAGAUCAAAUUUUGAGCAAUGGAGCAGGUACACAUUAUAUUGGAGAUCAUAAAUUUAUUCAAGAUCAAAAUAUACCAAUAAUGCCUCAUUAUGAGAAUCAAGGUAUGGUGCCUAUGAUGCCGAAGCUAUGUGAGAUCAUUGAAGGGAGUGUUUGCUGCAAUAUUCAAUCAUCAUCAUCAUCAUCAGCUGGCUCACAAGAAGUACUAAUUGACCCAGUUGCUAGACUUCCAUGUUUUCCUUCAGGGUCUUAUAAUCCACAAGAACCUCUUGUGCCCACAAAUCAGAUGGAAUACAUUGAUGCAAUCAUGUCAUCACUGCCAUCAUCUUCAUCAUCCUCAUCACUAUCAGCAUUUUCAAGUGGUCAAUUUGGUGCAAACCCUAAUAAUAAUAUCAAUAAUCUUCCUUCAUGCUGCAGCUGGGAUGCCUAGACUUUGCUAACUAGACAUGGGUUUUAGGUGUUGUGUAUGGAUUCAUUUUGAUACAGUGCAUUUAUAUCCUGAAAUAUGCAUAAGAAGAUGAGUGCAACUCUUAUUGGAAAACCUAAAUGUUACUAGUUCAGGCUCUUCAGAGAGUAAUGCUUGCUCAGGUUUCUUAAAUGUAUGUGUAGACUCUUUUGACAUGUUCCUCGCCUAAAAAUAUAUAUUUCCAUGUCAUAUAUCACUUAAUUC